CUCACUCUAAAAUAUCCACCAUAAAUAAAAUUUAUAACCCAUUUCCUCCAAUCUAUCUCUCUCUCUCUCCUCCCCCAUCUUUCUCUCUCUGCAUCUCUCCAUGGCCUCCAACAAGUCCACUUUACUAAUCCUCUUCUUCUCCAUCUCCAUAACCAUACAAUUCCCAACAAAAACAAGCUCAACCCAAAUCCCCACCAAUCCUGAUCAUCAGCAAUCAGACUCGGACUGCACCAACCGUUGGAUCCACAUCAGACGGCUGCCGCCCGUCUUCAACCUCGAUCUCCUCUCAAACUGCUCCGGCUACCCAUUGUUCGACGACUUCUGCCCUUACUUGGCCAACCAUGGCCUGGGCCAGAAAACCCACAACCUCUCCCACAGCUGGUACCGGACCGACCCGUUAAUGCUGGAGCUCAUUUUCCACCGUCGGAUGCUCGAAUACCCAUGCCUCACCGCAGAUCCCCAGGCCGCCGACGCCAUCUACCUCCCUUACUACGCCGGCAUCGACGCCCUCCGCUACCUGUACGGCCCAGAUUACAACUCCAGCUCCGAGCAGGGCCUCAAUCUGUUCGAGUUCUUGACCACCGACUCGCCCGAGUCGUGGAAUCGGAAAAUGGGUCAUGACCAUUUCAUGGUUCUGGCCCGACCCGCUUGGGAUUUCUCUCAGCCGCUGGGAAACGACCCGUUUUACAAUGUGACGGCUUUGACGGUCGAAGCUCGCGCCUGGCCCUGGCAGGAGCACGCCGUGCCUUACCCGACGUCGUUUCAUCCGCCCAAUUUGUCUCUGUUGGAGAGCUGGGUGCAGAGGGCGAGGAGGUCUCGGCGCACCACGCUUAUGAUGUUUGCCGGCGGUGGAGGGGUUGGACGUAAUCCCACCAUUAGGAGGAGCAUUAGAAAUGAGUGUGAAAAUAACACCAUGAACAAAAAUGUCAAAAAUGUUAACAAUGUGGGCAUGUAUGGAAGUGGUGCUGGUGGGUUUUCAAAGCUCUGUGACGUUGUAGAUUGCUCUAAUGGGAUUUGUGAGCAUGAUCCCAUUCGGUUCAUGAGGCCGAUGUUGCAGGCAAGUUUUUGUUUGCAGCCUCCUGGGGACACCCCGACCAGGCGGUCCACCUUCGACAGCAUUGUUGCCGGCUGCAUUCCCGUGUUUUUUGAGGAAUCGUCCGCUAGGGCGCAGUACCGGUGGCACCUGCCAGAGGAUCAGUUCGGGGAGUUUUCGGUGUUUAUAGCCAAGGAGGAUGUGGUGUUCAAGGAGACACGGAUUUUGGAUGUGCUUAGGAGCAUACCAAGAGGGAAAGUCAGGAGAAUGAGGGAGAGAGUGUUGGAGAUGAUACCAAGAAUUCUGUAUAGGAAGCAUGGAAGUUCAAUCUGUUUGAGAGCCAAGAAAGAUGCUUUUGAUAUUGCAAUUGAAGGUGUCUUGCAGAAGAUUAAAUCUAAAGGUCAAGUUUUUGCUCAGUGACCUACCUGAGAUUUUGCCUUUUCUUCUUGUCAUUCUGUAAUUGUAAUUAUUAAUUUGUUUGUCUUUGUACUUAGUUAUUAAACCAAUUCUGCAGUAUAAGAUAAAUUUGAACUCUGUUCUCUCUA